CCAACUCUCGACCCCUCCACAAGCUUUUAAGUCAACCACAACGGCAGAUAAGGACUGGAGGGCUGGCCUGGCUCCAAUGACUUUCCAGAGACGUUGACAAAAACUCAAAAUGUCAGCCGGCUCAUGUCCUCCUCUUGUAUCUCCUCCUCGACGAGCAGCACCCUCAUCUCGAAGCUAGCAGCCCCUCGACGAGCUCUUUCCUUCCUGUAUCCAAUUGGCACUCUGAAAGCUUCGAAUAAGCUCCCACGAGAAAAAUAUUUAAGAAAACCCACACAAAUGGUUUCUAGUACAGUCGGACUCGAAGCAUGGUUCAUUUCUUCACUGGCCAGUGCCGGCCAUUGCCAUAAACACACUCCAAAACCUAUACGACCAGUCACAUUUUUCACAUCUCACAGACCUAAUGUUUCUGGGAAGGACUUAAGGUCGACCAAACCUAUUCCACGGCGACGGAAUUUCACGGGUAACACACAAGCUGAGGCGGAAGAGAAGAGAACAACCAAUGAGGCAAAUCAGACUCGAGAAGAGCUCAUGGAGCUUGUGGAUCAGUACCAUGGCACGUCGUAUACACAUCAACUACCCGUAGUGGAAUCUCCGAACCUCUAUCAACCAGGUAACGGCCCUCAUCUGCAGGUUUCGGACGAAGAGGAAGACGAAUGGCCACCCCCACAUCAGGCAUGGCCUGCCGACGACGAAACAAAAGAGAAGUUGAAAAAGCUUGAAUCCGCAUUGAAACAUUUCUACACCGAAGAUGCAGAAAAUGUGUAUCAAAUCUACCGUGAACUGCCGGGGCCUCGUGUUCCUUAUCUAGAAGCCAAUUUAAGACACAUGUUACUUCGCCACUUGAGUAUAGUGGAAAGGAAGGACGAGCACUCGAUGCUCAGGUACUUCUCGGUCGUCGACGAUAUGAAAUCAACCGCCAUCCCUUUGACUGUUUCAGAAUGGACGAGUGCCAUUUCUUUUGCUUCCAGAUACGUUGCCCGGGCCACAGAAGUAGAGGUUGAAAGUGCUUUGAAAAUGUGGAAGGAAAUGGAGCAUGUCGCAGGUGUCAGGGGUAAUAAUGCAACUUUCAACGUUCUUUAUGAUGUUGCUUGCAAAGCUGGUAAAUUUACUCUUGGGGAAAUGAUCUAUAAAGAAAUGAUAGCCAGGGGUCUCGAAUACAACCGAUUUCAUUAUGUUAGCAUGAUAUUUACUUGUGGUCUAAAAAGGGAUGGGGAUGGAGCACGAGCAGCAUAUAAAGCAUUGGUUGAUGCUGGGGAAAUUGUCGAUACUGUCGUCCUCAAUGCGAUGAUUUCAGCUCUCAUCAAAUCGUAUGAGCCUAGCGCCGCGUUGAACAUUUAUGAGCGAAUGAAAACUAUGCAUGCCGAGCGUAUGGGCACACGAGAAUGGCACAGAAGUUUCAAGAAUCGUCGAGAAGUUAAGCGCGAAUUGUUACGAAUGGCAAUGGAGUUCAAACAUAAUCCAGAAGGGCGAGCGAAAGUUCAGGAAAGGUCUAUAGUCUGUCCAGAUCUUCAAACAUAUAGACUUUUAGUCAAUCAUUUUGCAAUCACUGAAGGCGAGCUAGACAAAGCCGCUAAAUUUCUAGAAGAAAUGGGUCUUUUCAAUGUUCCCCUGCACGGUGCACUUUUCCUGUCUCUUUUCAAGGGAUUUCACCUUCAUGGCGGUACUCGAUAUACGAAAUGGACCGCGGCUAGAUUGGAAAGUGUAUGGAAAGCAUAUCUCAAAGCUCUUGAUACAGGCGUGGAAGAUCUAUACAUGUCAACCUGGAUUGUAACAAAUGUCCUCAAGGCAUUCGCAACGUGUUCUGGACAAGCGAGAGCAAUUGAGGUAUGGAGGGAUAUUCGAGAGAGGUGGCAACCUGAUGAGAGACAGCUCAAUGCUAUCAUGCCUGAUUUAUACAGGAUUGGUAUACCCGAAAAUGGAUAGCCGGAUGUGUCAUAUCUGAAGUUAGAUUUGGGUCAUGUAUAUCAGUGUAUAAUGUCAUGGAUGACCUAGGUUACUGAUGAGUUCAUGUAAUAUUAGGUCUCACAUUGGUUGUUGUGUAUAAUUGAGAUUUCGUUAUCUUCAUGUUGACAUUAUUUGAGUGUCGCUUGAUUUUGAUGGCGGUGUAUUAUUGUAGAUAGAAACUCAGUCUCUUGUACAUAUUUUAUUAUAUCACUACU